AUGCCAAUUCCCACAAAUGUUAUGAAUAAAAUAGUUUCUGAGUUAAUUUCCAUAUACAAGCAGCCAUACAUCGACUUAAAACUCGAAGCACAAGACGCGCCGUUUUAUUCCAGUAAAAUUGGUGGUCUUCCGUAUUUUCCCAAAGGCUCUGUAUACCCCCAGACUCCCUCGGGUGAAUACAUGUAUCUUCUUGCACAAAUAAACUUCUCAGAAAUGCCGGCACUUGAAAAUUUCCCGAGAAGUGGACUUUUGCAAUUUUUCUUGUUUCCAAACCGCACACUUGGCCUUUUCAACGACGACGGAGAGUUCGACCAAAAAUUACACAAAGUUGUUUAUUAUGAAAAAGUCGAUAUGGACGAGAAACACCAAAACGAACUCCCCAAAGAAAUUGCACAGAAUUACGAUGACGACCAUAAUAUAUUAAUCGACAACUUUCCCUUCGAUGCAGUCUUUGCAAUCACUGGGGAUAUGAAGGAAGGUUGCAGUUUCGGGUGGUACAAAGCAGACCAAAUUUUCGAGCGAAUGGCAGUCAAAUAUGAAGUCGAUAAAGAACAACUGCGCGAUGCUAUUUUGAGCGACAGAAGACUGAGACCACAGAUGUGUUCGUUGGGUGGGUAUCCAAGCUUCGCACAAACAGACCCAAGAAAAGACGACACGUAUGGAGUUAUGUUAUUGCAAAUUGAGACAACUACAGUGGAUGACAAACAGAUAAUGUGGGGAGAUUGUGGGGUCGGCAAUUUCUUUAUUUCAAAGGAAAAUUUGAAAAAUAAAAAUUUUGAUGAUGUGCUCUAUAAUUAUGAUUGCUGUUAA